UGUCCCUCGGACACAGCGGAUCACUGUUCCACGGAAAUAGCUGAAGAUGUCGGCUCGGUCAUGUGAUCAGCUGUGUCCAAUCACAGCUGAUCACAUGGGACAUGUACACAGAUCAUCAGAGCACUGAUGAUCAGUGUGUCCUGAUGAUCUGUGUAGCCCCAGCAGCGCCACCUGUCAGUGUCCACCAGUGCCAGCUCUCAGUGCUCAUCCAUGCCACCUGCCAGUGCCCAUCUGAGCUGCCUUUCAAUGUCUCCCAUCAGUACCAGUCAGUGCAACCUAUCAGUGCCAGUCAGUGCCGCCUAACAGUGCCACUCAAUGCUGCCUAUCAGUGCCAUAUGAGUGCUGCCUUUCAGUGCCCAUCAGUGAUGCCUGUCAAUGUCCAUCAG